CCCCGUCCUUUGGUUUAGUUCUCAUCUGCUCUAAUUCGCAAAUUUCUCCAAAAUCCCCAAAUCGCGCCGCCUCCGGUUUGAAUACCGCCGCCCGUCACCGCUCCUCUGCCGGUGAGCACGCCGCCGCCUGAAACCCGUUGGCCGGCCGUUCCUCCUGCAGCUUCGCCGCCGUCGCCUGCAACCCCUCUGCCGGCCGAACCUCCUCCAGCUUCUCCAUCCGUACGCCACAGUAGCAAUUCCCUCCGCCGCAGCAGCAAUUCUCCUUAUUCCCUAUAAAGCUACUGCUGUCUGUGUGUGUGUAUUCUUUUGAUUUAUGGACUGGAAACCGAUCAACUUAUAGUUGUGCAGCCGUCAGACUUUGUUGCCAUAUUCACUUGAUUUUGCUGAAAGGUAUUUGUUGAAAUGAGUGAAAAUCGUGAGUGGAUGUAUAGACGGUUUUUACCCGACGGAGCUUUCAACCCAGCAUUCGUUAGAGGUCUUCAAGAAUUCAUUGAUUUUGCUAACAGUAGAGAAGAUUUAAUGGAUGGACAUAAAAUUAGAUGUCCGUGCAGAAGAUGUGAUAAUAUAAAAUUUCAUACAUCGCGGAAUGUCCAAUACCAUAUUUCAAAGAAUGGGUUUGUGUUGAAUUAUCACAUUUGGAGGUUUCAUGGUGAAUUAGAAAUGAUGGCAACCGAAUAUAAUCAAUUUGAUGCUGCUGAUGAUGAUGACAAUGAAGAUGAUCAAAGCACAUACCACAAUAUGGUGAUAGACGUUGCUGCUUCACAAGUCAAUAUUGAACAGCCGCCUAAUCCUGAAGCACAACAAUUAUAUGAUAUGUUGAGUGCUGCAGAUAGGGAGUUAUGGCCUGGUUGCAACACUCAUUCACAAUUAUCUUUUGUGGCUCGUCUAAUGUGUUUGAAGGCAGAGGGGAACAUGUCCGAGAGAUGUUUUGACCAAUGGCUUGAAUUGAUAAAAGAAAUCCUUCCCGAACACAAUUUAGCUCCCAAUAACUUCUACAGCACAAAGAAGUUAUUAAGUGGAAUGGGGUUGCCAGUUGAGAAGAUUGACUGUUGCCGUAAUAAUUGCAUGCUUUUCUGGGGAGAGGAUAGCGAGGAUAUUGAGUGUAAGCAUUGCAACGAGCCACGUUACCAACAAAGUGAUACAUCUUCUGCGAGUAGUUCAAGGACUCUAGUAGCAGUAAAGAAAAUGUUCUAUUUUCCUUUAACUCCUCGAUUGCAGAGAUUGUAUGCAUCCAAAGCUACAGCUGCAGAUAUGCGUUGGCACACAUCUUCAGUGGAUGAUGGAAUAAUACGUCAUCCUGCAGACUCGCCUGCUUGGAAGCAUUUGAGUCAAAAGUUUCCAUCUUUUGCCGAAGAGAGUCGAAAUGUCAGAUUAGGAUUAUCGACUGAUGGUUUCCAACCUUUUGGUCAAUCAGGGCAACAAUAUUCUUCAUGGCCCGUGAUUGUUACACCAUACAACUUGCCUCCAUGGAUGUGUAUGAAGGAACAAUAUAUGUUCCUCACAGUGUUAGUUCCCGGGCCGCGCAAUCCUAAGGAAAAAUUAGAUGUUUUUUUGCAGCCUCUUAUAUCUGAGUUGAUACAGUUGUGGAAUGUGGGCGCGCCUACAUACGACGUGUCAAUGAAGCAGAACUUUCAGAUGCGAGCAGCUUUGUUAUGGACAGUUAGUGAUUUUCCGGCCUACUCCAUGUUGUCAGGAUGGAGUACUGCUGGCAGACUUGCUUGUCCACAUUGUAUGACAGAAACUAACUCCUUCACCUUGUCUCAUAGUGCUAAACAAUCAUGGUUCGACAAUCAUCGAAAGUUUUUGCCUAUGAACCAUUCCUUUCGAAGAGAUCGAAAAAACUUUUUGAAAAAUAAAAUUAUUACUACAGUAGCACCUCAAGUGAGAUCGGGGGAAGAAAUAUUGUUUGAUAUAGAUAUGAUGGGAUUCGUCAAAGUAACAGAGGUGAACAGUGAAACAAUCAAUAAAGCAGCUGCUCGUGGUGUUGGCACAGGAUGGAAGAAGCGCAGUAUAUUUUGGGAUUUGCCUUAUUGGAAAUUCCUAUUGAUUCGUCAUAACCUUGAUGUCAUGCACGUGGAGAAGAAUGUCUUUGAUAAUGUGUUCAAUACAGUUUUGAACGUACCAGGAAGGACAAAGGAUACAAGCAAAUCUAGAGAAGAACUAAACACAUAUUGCUCAAGACCAGCACUUGAAAAGAAUGUUGAGACAAACAAGUAUCCAAAAGCUUGUUACAUGCUUGACACUAAAGAGAAGAAAGUAUUGUUUGAAUGGGUCAAAACUUUACGAUUCCCUGAUGGUUAUGUGUCAAAUAUGGGAAGAUGUGUCGACAUGAGCAAACUUAAGAUGUUUGGGAUGAAGAGCCACGAUUGCCAUGUGUUUAUGCAACGUAUUUUGCCAAUUGCCUUUCGUGAAUUGCUUCCGUCACAUGUGUGGAAGGCAAUCAUUGAACUAAGUUUGUUCUUCAAGGAUUUGAGUUCUAGGAACUUGAGAUGUGAAGACGUGUGCCGCCUUAGUGACAACAUUGCUAUCACUUUAUGCAAGCUUGAGCGUAUCUUUCCACCCAGCUUCUUUGAUUCUAUGGAGCAUCUUCCAGUUCAUUUAGCUUUUGAAGCUCAACUUGCAGGGCCAGUUCAAUAUCGAUGGAUGUAUCCAUUUGAAAGAUAUUUGCGCAAGUUGAAAAACAAUGUAAGAAACAAAGCUAUAGUGGAGGGAUCAAUUUGCAAUGCUUACAUAGUGGAAGAAGCUUCUACUUUUUGCUCAUAUUACUUUGAGGAGCAUGUGAGGACGAGGUAUAGGAAUGUGCCUCGUAAUUUGAAUACAAGAGAUGAUGUGAGAUUUGAUGGACAUCCAGAUCGAAUUUCAGUUUUCAAGCAACCUGGGCAAUACUUUGGAAAAAUGACGACGAGAUACUUAGAUGAAAAAGAGUAUCACGCUGCUCGUACUUAUGUUCUACUAAAUUGCAAAGAAGUGACACAAACAUAUCUCAAGUUAUUCGUGGCUGAAUUGCGUGCAUUACACGUCUCAGAAGCUGAUAUUAACCGUCAGAUGGAAAUCCAAUUUUCAGAUUGGUUCCGAUCAUAUGUGUCAAAUCCUGCAAAUCACGUGGUUAAUGAGUUUCUAAUUGCUCUCGCAAAUGGCCCCCUAGUCACGGUGAAGACUUACCCGGGAUUUUAUGUAAAUGGAUAUAAAUUUCACACGAUGAUGCAUGGGACUAAUCGGGCUAGUAUGAACAGUGGUGUAUGCAUAAAAGGUGAAUGUUAUGGUUCAGAUGAGAAUGGUGAACUCGACUAUUAUGGGCGUUUGCUGGAGGUAUGCGAGCUUGAGUAUAUGGGUCUACCACUGAAGACGACCACACUCUUUAAGUGUGAAUGGUUUGAUCCAUCACCACGUGGGACAUCAGUGCAUCCUCAAUUCAAAUUGGUUUCAAUAAAUCAUACACGUAGAUAUGGUGGUUAUGAACCAUUUGUGCUAGCUGACCAAGCUAUUCAAGUAUAUUAUUGUACAUACCCAAGUUUGAGAAGUGAUAGGAAGGAUUGGUGGGAAGUUUGUAAGAUUAAAGCUAGGUCGAAAGUUGAAGUUCCAAAUGCAGUGGAAGAGACUGUAGUGAACCAACCUUUUCAAGAAGAUGACUUAAUGACUCCAGCAAACCCUGACAUAGAUGAUGACACCACAAUAGUGCAUCCUCGUGGUGGUUUGAUAGAUAUUGAUGAUGCCGAUGAGGAAGACGAAGAAGACACAUAUUUGACUGAUGAAGAAGAUAGAAACUUGGAUGAUAGUUUUUAGUGUCAGAUGGCUAGAGGAAGCAGUGACACGCACAGUGGUAGACGAGGGCACGGUGAUGGUAGAGGGCGAUCAUCAUCCUCAGGGGCAUCAUCACAGGCGUCUGAUGGGGGCAUUCGUGAUUCAGUUGCCCAGAUACAGUUGGCUGGAGGCAGUGGAUCCGCUCCGACAUCAUCAGAAGAUACCGUGCCCAGCAGCCACUCGAGCACAGGGCGGAUUAUGUUGACCAUUACACCUCAGGGUAAGAUCUACCCAUACGACUACGUGGCCAAAGCGUGUACUCGUAUUUUCAGGCAAGUUAGGAACCCUAAUGGCUUUAACUGGAAGGCGACACAUGAUGAUGUGAAGAAUUUAUAUUUUAUGGAAUUCAAG